AUGGCAAAUAUUCCUUUCCCACGGCUUCAACCUACAACGGAGCAGGGGCCUAAAGCAAUUCUACCAGACCUUAAUAUUCGUUUAGUAUGCCCAGAUUGUAAAAAUCCUGUACCAAAUAUUAUUGAAGAAUUUGCUAAUGGUGAUUUAGUAUGUGGAGAUUGCGGUUUAGUUCUCGGUGAUCGUAUAAUUGAUACCAGGUCUGAAUGGAGAACCUUUGCUAAUGACGAAGGUGAUGAUCCUUCUCGUGUUGGUGCUGCUGCAAAUCCACUUCUUGAUGGUGCGCAAUUAGAUACUGUCAUUUCAAGAAGAGAUGGUGGGUCAGGAAUGGCCAGAGACCUUAAUAAAGUUCAUGGAAGAGCAAAUGCAGUAAAGGGAGAGAAAAAUCUUAUUCAAGCAUAUAAAGAAAUCGCCGCAAUGAGUGAUGCUAUUGGCCUAACAAAAUUAAUUGCUGAUAUAGCAAAACAAUUAUACAAGAGAGUUGAAGAAGAAAAACUUUUACGUGGUAAAAGUACUGAAUCAAUUAUUGCCGCUUGUAUCUUUAUUGCUUGUAGACAAGAAAAUGUACCACGUACAUUUAAGGAGAUAUGUGCUAUUACACGAGUCCCUAAAAAGGAAAUCGGAAGAUGUUUUAAAACUUUGAUUCGUACUUUUGAAACAAAUGUAUCGACAAUGGCUUCAGAAGAUUUGAUGUCACGUUUCUGUUCCAUGUUACAUCUUCGAAUGGAAGUUCAAAAGGCAGCUCUUGAUCUUACUAUGAAAACAAAAGAACACGGUACUUUAGCUGGUAAAUCUCCUGUAUCUGUUGCGGCGGCUUGUAUCUAUAUGGCUUCUUGUUUGUAUCAGCAGCCUCAGUCAACAAGAGACGUUGCUCAAGUUACUGGUGUUUCUGAAGUAACAAUUAAAAAUUCUUACAAGUUACUUUGGACUGAAAGAGAAAAGUUACUUGAUGAAAAGAAAUAUGGCGGAUUUGAAAACUUACCAUCUCCCUAA